CUCAUCAUUAUGACACAGUCUGGGGAUAUAAAAGUCGGGCCACUCCUUCUGCGCCCCGCUGUUCGGCUCGCUUCAGGUUUGCCGGACAGAGAGGCAGUGAGUGCGCUCGUGAGUGCAUGUGAGUGUCUGAGAGAAUGGCGACGCUAGUUGAUCCUGUAGAUACCCACGCACCCUUUGGAGGUGUCAGUAGCAUCAGGAACACGGCAUCACCCACGGCCUCGACACAUCACUUCGACGACAGCAAAUAUUACCUGCUGGUGGUCAUUGGAGAGAUAGUCACUGAAGAACAUCUGAAGUGUGCCAUUGCGGACAUUGAGAAAGGAAUUCGUUCAUGGGACACCAAUCUUAUCGAUUGUAACUUGGACCAGGAGCUGAAGCUUUUUGUUUCUCGGCACUCUGCUAGGUUUUCAGCUGAUGUGAGAGGGCAAAAGAUUCUGCAUCACAAAAGCAAUGUGCUGGAGACAGUAGUGCUCAUCAACCCCUCAGAUGGAGCUGUAAGCACAGAGGUACGACUAAUGGUCUCUGACACAGCUCACCAUAAGCUGCUUGUACUGGCCGGACAGUGUUUUGAAAAUACAGGCGAGCUUAUUCUGCAGUCUGGCUCGUUUUCUCUCCCCAGCUUCAUUGACAUUUUUGCAGAUCAAGAGAUUGGGGAGCUAUUAAGCACCAUACAUCCAGCCAACAAAGCCAGUUUAACACUUUUCUGUCCUGAACAUGGUGACUGGAAAAAUUCAAACCUGGACAAACACAACUUGCAAGACUUCAUCCAUAUGAAGCUUAACACCCCAACCAUCCUUCCAGAAAUGGAAGGUCUGUCUGAAUUCACAGAGUAUCUCUCAGAAUCUGUAGAGAUCCCAUCUCCAUUUGACAUGCUUGAACCCCCUACCUCAGGUGGGUUUCUAAAAUUAUCCAAACCAUGUUGUUAUAUUUUCCCUGGUGGCCGAGGUGAUUCAGCACUGUUUGCGGUUAAUGGCUUCAACAUGCUGAUUAAUGGUGGAUCUGAUAGAAAGUCUUGUUUUUGGAAGCUGGUACGGCAUCUGGACAGAGUGGAUUCUAUUCUCCUAACACACAUUGGCGAUGACAACCUGCCUGGUAUCAAUAGCAUGUUGCAACGCAAGAUUGCUGAACUUGAAGAGGAGCAGUCCCAGGGAUCCACAACUAACAGUGACUGGACAAAGAAUAUGAUUUCACCUGAUAUUGGUGUUAUGUUUGUCAACAUGCCCCAGAAUCUGAAAAACUCAGACCCUAACUUUAGGGUUAGAAGAAAUGCUGAGGAGGCAUCUCUCACUCUACAGUACCUAAACAAGCUGUCUUUAAAACCUGAACCUCUGUGUAGGAAUAUAGGGAAUACCAUAGAACCUAUUAUUCUUUUCCAGAAAAUGGGUGUUGGAAAGCUUGAAAUGUAUGUUCUUAAUCCAGCUAAGAAUAGCAAGGAGUUGCAGUACUUCCUUAAAGAAUGGACUGGCAGUGAAAAAGACAAAGCCCCCAUCUUUUCAUUGAAUGGAAAAGAAUCAGAGCUCCCUAUCUCAUACUUGUCUUCAAUUUCAUCACUGAUUGUGUGGCAUCCUGCUAACCCAUUCGAAAAAAUAGUCCGUGUUUUGUUCCCAGGUAAUUCCACUCAGUAUAACAUACUUGAAGGCCUAGAGAAGCUUAAAGACUUAGAAUUCCUCAAGCAUCCAGUGAUCACACAGAAAGAGCUUUCUUCAAAUUCAGAACCGACACUCAAGCAAGCAAAGAUGAAACAUAAGACAGACAGUAAGGAGAGCCUGAAGUCCACAUCAAAGCCAUCACCAAUUAAACACCUUCCAAAAGAGUCCAAAGAAGAAACCCCUGAAAAAGUUAAAAAACUUAGUACAGCUGACUCUGUUCAUUCUGUGGAAAAUAAGGAGCUGAUCCAAAAAACAGAGAAAAAAGAAAAAGCCCUUGUGAAAAAAGUAAAAUCAGGAGAAAAGGACAUUAAAAGCAAGACUGAGCAAACAUCAAAAAUUGACACCCCAGAAAAAGUUGAUAUUAAACCAAAACCCAUUAAGAAAGAAAUAAAGAAAUCAGUUGAAAAGAGCAUAAAUGAUAAAAAGGAUGAAAAACCCACACCUAAGAAAGAAGUAAAGGUAAAGAAAGAAGAGGGUAAAAAGGAGAUAAAGAAACGGGACGUUAAGAAAGAUUCCCUUUUAAAAGAGAGUAAAAAAGAAGACAAAAAAGAAACACAGAAAGAUGAAAAAGAGCCUAAAAAGGAUUUGAGGAAGGCUGGAGGCUUGAAAAAGAAUGUCCCUGGCACAGCAGAAGUGAAAAAACAUGCACCUGCACCUAAACCAAAGGUUGCAACACGAGGAAAGGUACCAAGUAGUCCUGCAAAAUCCAAAGAAAAGGCUAAGUCUAAACCUACUAAAAAAGAAGUUGGAGAAUCAUUGGCAGAAACCUUAGCUUCAAGUGCUACUGCUGAAGAACCUGCUGCUGAGGCUGGUGUCACAGAUGCCCUUGAAGCUGAGAGAUCAUUAAUGUCUUCUCCAGAAGAUCUCACCAAAGACUUUGAGGCAAUGAAAGCAGAAGAAAUGGUUGAAGAUGAUGAAAUCCUAUCUCAGACCAAAAUAGAAGAUUCUGAUCAAGGAGAGAUGAUCAAGCAAGAGGAAAUAACUCUCUACAAAGAGUCUCCAGAAGCAGUCGAGUCCCUAGAUGAAGGAAUAGCAACCACAGAAGCUGAAGAAGAAUGUGGAGGUACUCCAGGGGAUGUAGAACCCUAUCCAAAAAGCAACGGCACCAGUGACAAACUUGAAGAUGAGGGAACAGGGCUGGAAGAGUCAUCUGAAACAGGAGACUAUGAAGAAAAAGGAGAUAUAGAGGAAGUGGAUGAGCAAGAAAGAAUAACAGUUAGUUUAAAAGAUGAUAGAGAGGAAGGGGAGCAGAAAACAAAGGUAGGAGUAGAUUAUGGCACUGGAGAACCACAAUAUAGACAACACAAAGAAAUUGAGGAGCAGACUUUUAGCGUAACCACACAGCUAUCGGCAGCUGUUUGCAUUCAUGAUGAAACCUUGCCAGCAGGUUCAGAAAGUGAUGCUGCCUCUGACGAUGAAAAUCGAGAUGAGCCUCCAGAAGAAUAUACCACAUCUGGACACACUCAGUCUACAAUUGAGAUCUCAAGUGUUCCAACUCCAAUGGAUGAAAUGUCAACUCCAAGAGAUCUGAUGAGUGACGAGACAACGAAUGAUGAAACUGAUUCUCCCUCCCAAGAUUUUGUUAAAUACGGUAUUACUACAGAUCAUGAACGAAAGACACUCUCACCUCUCAAAGAUGUUCCUGAGUUAGAUCACUCGAAGAGUGAUGCCACUGAAGGGCAUGAUUAUCACGCAUCAGCCUCAACCAUUUCACCACCAUCCUCACUGGAGGAAGACAGAUCUGUCAAAGAGUGUGUAGCUAAAGAGAAAAUCUCCUUUGCUUCAGACACACUUACUGCUUCCACUACAACCAUUCCUUUUGUCAGGUCACCUUCUGGUGAUCAAAAUAUAAACACUGAUUAUGUUCAUACAGGCGUGUCUUCACCAAUUGAACUGGGCACCACACUUGCAGGAAUGUCAAAAGGAAUGGACUCAUACAGUCCAGACGAGAAAACAUUAGAGGGACCUUUAUCUCCUCAGUCCUCAGGUCAUACACCUUACUAUCAAUCCCCAGUUGAGGAGAAAGCUGGCACUUUACCAGCAGAGGAAACCUCCACAUCCCAAGGUCCCAUUAUUGUUGACAUCACAAGUGACAAAGAGUACUCUCCCAAAGAAUCUAGUCCUAUUGAUGAAGCAGUUUCCAUUACAAAAGUGGAUAAAGUGCAAUCACCCUGUCAGGAAACAAACUCAACCGUGGAGGAAAAGUCCAAUUUUGAGCUUGACCACAAGUCUGAUAUUAAUGGUAAGACAUCUGCAACUGAUUUUGAUUCUUCAGUUACAUCUUCACUUCCAUCCACCAAAGUAGAAAGUAUUUCUGAAACAAAGCAUUUUGCAACAUUUAAAGAAGAAAGCAAAAUGUCUAUAUCUGAGGGAACCACAUCGGAUAAAUCUGACACUCCAGUUGAUGAAGCUGUUGCAGAGGAUACGUUUUCUCACAUUGCCUCUGCCUCAACAGCAUCACUUGCAACAAGCUCUUUACGGGAACCCACAACAGAUGAUGUCUCCCCAUCACUACAUGCUGAAGUAGGCUCCCCUUAUUCCACAGAGGUAGAUGACUCUCUUUCUGUCUCUGUUGUUCAGACUUUAACCACAAUGCAAGAAGCAGACGUCUCACCAUCUAAAGAGGAGAGUCCGCGGCCUAUGUCUAUCUCCCCUGAUGUUUCCCCAAAAAAUGGUAAAUUGAUAAUGCAACAACAGGAAUUAAAAUCUCCAGAGCAGUCCAUGUCAGUUGACAAUAAAAAUGAAUCUCCAAAGCAGUCAUUUCCAGUAAAUUUUAGCAAGCAGUCACCAGAUCAACUGUCAAAAGAAGGAGUUCAGCGUACAGCCACUGAAAAUGGUCCAACAGAGGUUGAUUACAGCCCUUCAGAUGGAUCAUGUCUCAUCGGAGAACAGCACAGACCUGUAGGAGAAGGGGAGAAGGCAAUGCUAUUCAAAGAGAUUGAUAGUACCCAGGUUGAAACUGCUUCCCCGUCAGAUGCCUCUCAGUCCACCCCAUCCAUUACAACACCUACCCAAACUGGGGAGCCAAGAGAAAUAUCCCCAUAUGCUGGUUCCCCAAAUGCUGGUUCUUUGGAGUCUGUAACUCCAAAACUGUCACCCCGCAAUCAGUCCCCUUUAUCUUUUGACUCAACUCCUGUAUUAGGUGGACCAAGCACCUUAUAUGGAGGACCAGACGUAUCUAAAACCAGCCCUACCUCAUAUUGCCAUGAGAGUAGUAUGCAUGAACAAGAGGACACACAGUCCACCCCAUCCAUUAAAACACCUACCCAAACUGGGGAGCCAAGAGAAAUAUCCCCAUAUGCUGGUUCCCCAAAUGCUGGUUCUUUGGAAUCUGUAACUCCAAAACUGUCACCCCACAAUCAGUCCCCUUUAUCUCUUGACUCAACUCCUGUAGUAGGUGGACCAAGCACCUUAUAUGAAGGACCAGACGUAUCUAAAACCAGCCCUAUCUCAUAUUGCCAUGAGAGUAGUAUGCAUGAACAAGAGGACACACAGUCCACCCCAUCCAUUAAAACACCUACCCAAACUGGGGAGCCAAGAGAAAUAUCCCCAUAUGCCGGUUCCCCAAAUGCUGGUUCUUUGGAGUCUGCAACUCCAAAACUGUCACCCCGCAAUCAGUCCCCUUUAUCUUUUGACUCAACUCCUGUAUUAGGUGGACCAAGCACCUUAUAUGAAGGACCAGUCGUAUCUAAAACCAGCCCUACCUCAUAUUGCCAUGAGAGUAGUAUGCAUGAACAAGAGGACACACAACAAAAUGUAGAGGAGACUUCUAAGGCUGUAUCACCCUCAUCUGCUAGUGUGUCAUCUUGUAUCUCACAGAAGACAGAUGAACUUAAACUCAGCCUUAGAACCAAUCCUUUCACAGACCCGGAAUCCCCCACCAGUCCCAAAGUGUCAUCUCCAUCCCAACAUUCUCCCUCCUCUAAUCAGACAGAGGCUCAAGAAAGCAGUCCCACCUCACGAUAUGGGGAAUCUACCAAGAAAUGUGACGGUGGAUCUAAAGGGCCAGAUACUUCAAAACAGAGCUUUUGCCAUUCACGGGCAGAUGUGGACUUGUGUUUAGUGACCUCAUGUGAAUACAGGCAUCCUAAGACUGAGCUUUCUCCCUCAUUUAUAAAUCCUAACCCUCUUGAAUACUUCAUGAAUGAGGAACAUACUCUGGAGGAAGAAAAGCCGCUUGCUAAGUCUGGGGACGGGUCACCUCCACCUGGAGGGAAACUGCAGAGCAAGCAGUGUGAGGAAACUCCACCAACCUCUGUGAGUGAGUCAGCACCCUCUCAAACUGACUCUGAUGUUCCUCCUGGCACAGAAGAGUGCCCAUCAAUAACUGCAGAUGCAAAUAUCGACUCUGAGGAUGACUCAGAAACACUACCAACAGAUAGGACUCUCAUUUAUCGACAUGGAGACCCACCUCCGGUCACCCCCAAAGACCCUGCUCCUGCUGCACCACAUCCUGAUGUCUCAAUGGUGGAUCCAGAGGUCCUUAAGGCUGAGGAGGCAUCCCAAAAAGAGGAAGGAGGGAAGGCAAAAAAGAACAAGAUCAGCAACAAAGCAAAGUCAUCCACAACAAAAAGCUUGUCAAGAACAAGUGCCGUCAAAGAGGUGAAAACAUCCUCUCCAAAAAAGACUACAGAGGAUAAAGAUGCCAAAAAUGCUACCAAUACAUCUGCGUCAAGGGGUGUGAAAAGUAACACUUCAGGAAGUACAAAGGCCAGUAGUGGAAUGUCAGUACCCAACUGUCCUCCGAUGUAUAUGGACCUAGUUUACAUCCCAAAUCACUGCAAUGCCAAGAAUGUAGAUGCUGAGUUCUUUAAACGGAUCCGAUCCACCUACUAUGUAGUCAGUGGUAAUGAUCAAACAGCAAAGGAGCCCAGUAGAGCAGUCCUGGAUGCUCUAUUGGAAGGAAAGAACCAAUGGGGAAAUAAUAUGCAGGUCACACUGAUUCCAACCCAUGAUACAGAAGUUAUGAGAGAGUGGUAUCAGGAAACCCAUGAGAAGCAGCAAGAUUUAAAUAUUAUGGUUUUGGCGAGCAGCAGCACUGUGGUCAUGCAAGAUGAGUCUUUUCCUGCAUGUAAAAUUGAGCUGUGAAUGUUAUGAUUAAGAUGUUGUAGACAUUGUAUAUCGGAGUACAAACAACUGGAAAACCUUGCCCACACGAUCACAAAAGAAAUGUUUUGCCUCACAUUACACACCUAGUUAAUACAUUUCUCAGUUUUUGGCAUGUACUGUAUAAUACUUAAAUACACACACACAUAAACAGACAGCAGAGCUACUACAGCAAAUUGAACAUCUGACCGAAUACCGUGUCAGUGAAUAAAUACUUUACUGUAAGCUCCAAUAAAAUUAACAACAAAUACUCAUUUAAAUACAGCUCUCAACUCAUAAAAUGUUAAUGUUUACACCAAAGGUUGAAGGAUUAUUUUAAUGCCUUAAAAAAGGUUAACUGAAUGUACAAAAAUAUGAUGCACUUAUGAGAACAAUUAAAUGAUUUGAUCCACAUUCACAAAGACACCUACCAUAUACAGUAUAUCACAUGACGCAAAAGCUUUAUAGGUAAUACUACAAAUGAUUCCGGACACAACGAGUUGUAUAAUACUUGCAUAAAAUAUGAAUGAAAUGCUUUGCGAUUAAAUGCAAAAUAGAGCCGAAGUAAUACAAAUAGUACCAGAGGGAAAACAACUAAGUAACUUGUUUUGCAUAAAACCUUAAAGCUACAGUAAACUACAUUAUACAGUUAAAGCUACAUUCAUCUCAUACCUGAAUUCACUGACUUGUACUGUCCCAAGAUAUUCAUUUUUAUAGCUAGCAGCCCUUUGUUUUUUAAUAUUUAAUCUCAUGAAUUCACACUUCAUUUAUUUUAUUUUAUUAGUUAAAAAAUUGCUGCUUACUUUUUGCACAUGUUAUUGUUUUUUAUCCUUUGAUUAAUGACGAUAUAUUUCAAUGACUUAUUUAAUGCUUAAUUUAUAGUUUUUAAAUUUGCUAGAUGGGAAUUCCUAUGCAGUUCAUUGUGAAUGGAGAUUUUGAACAAGGAAACUUUAUGGCCAUCAUUUAUUUUUGUUUUUUCUUUAGUAACUAUCCUUAUCUUUUUUUCAACACCAAAUGAGACUGGUUUUACUUUUGAAUGCAAAUGUAAUCUAAUGUUUAAAGUGCAUAUGUAUGCACUGUAUCUUAUUCAUCUACAAUUGUAAUAUUCUUCUUUUGUCAAUGUUGCCUGAGCCAUCAAGAGGUGUGGUACUGUAUAUUGUGGUACAUUGAAAGAUGACAAAUGGAAAACUUGUCUUUUCUGUCAAAUCUUUCAUGAAAGGCACUGUACUAUAAUUAUAAAUAGCUGGGUGACAGACUGAGAGAUUGGAUGAUAUUGCAUGUGUAAUGUUUUACGGUAUACUUCACAUUUCUCUCUGCUUUACUGAGAGGAGAAAUCCACUCUUUACUGCCAACAAGUCGUUGCAAGGAUUUGACUGAAAUAAUUCAUGAUUAAAGACAUGACUAAAAAUGAUUGUUAACAUCUGAUUAAAGGUACAUUGAAUUUUAAUUCCAAUCAGGAAUUCUUACGAUGCUACCACAUUAUACUGGACAGAUUUUACACAAUGUUUCCAUUGUGUAUGUCUUCUUGACAUAGUCAAGAUUGUGACAAGCUGUGAAAUGCUUCCACAGCCAUAAUCGGUUGAAACAUCAUUACAUUACGAUAAAAGUACACUUAUUAUGAAAUAACAUCACAAUUCAAAACUAGAGACUUCUUCAUGCUAUUGCAACAGCAGCAAGCAACAAUAGACUUCUAACUACAUGCUUCCGCAAAGUACACUGUUGUUUAUCUGCAAGACAUCUAAAUGACUACAAACACACCACACUCAUUUAGUCUAUCCUCUAUUUCUGUCUCACUUUAACACUUGCCUUCACUUCUCUCUCCUCUCAAACCCUCAUAAACUCUCUGCCUUUCCUCGCUCACACCUUCGGGUGCUAGUAAGAAAAUGUCUGCAGUUGUGUAUCAAAAUACAGUAUACCUAUAUCUUGUGUAUUUACAGCUUUCCUCUUUUCAUUCCUAACCCUCAUAUCUAGAGUAGAGGAUAGUCUCAAGUGGAAGUAUUACCUUGUGAUUUUUUUGAUGUUUGUGUGGAUACCUUCUACCGGCUUUAGGGUGUUUGAUGUAAAGGGAAGUACAAUAAAAUAAGGAAAUUAAGUCCACAAUAAAACAAUUUGUGGAAAAUA